AUGCUCACCAGCUUGCUGUCGGAGGCCCCCUCUCUGGAGACGCUGCAGGAGAUAUUAGUGGUAAGGGAGCCCCCAAGGUGUCAGAGCAGGGGGAACCAGCAGCUCCCAUGCCGGAGGACAGACCCUCUUGAAAUGAUUGCACGGGGGGCAUCUGUGGCCAACUCGCUGGUUGUGGGUGCUGAUGGUCAAGUGGGCCUCUGUUCUGCUAGCAAUGCUUGUGCAAGGCACACAAGAUAUGUCCUCUGCUGAUGGCGUAUGGGGAAGGGCCGUGGCUCGGGGCAGAGCAUCUGUCUUGCAUGCCCAAGGUCCCCGGUUCAGUCCUCAGCAUCUCCAGGUGGGGCUGGGAAAAGGCUCUCUGUCUGAAAGCCCAAAGGGCCAACUGCCAGUCCUCAGUACCUGUGGAUCAAUGGCUGGGCUUGGUCUAAGGAUGCUUCCUGCAUUCCAUUGCUAUGGCUGUGGUGAGGUGUAUGUUGUAUUGUUGUAAUUAUCACACACACAAACACACAAAUGACAGAUUGCAGGGCGGUUCACAACAUAAAAAUACAAAAUCAGAACAGAAAAUGCAUAAUAAAACAAAAGCAACCCAAGAGCCAAUUAAUAUCUAAUUCUACUAAUGCUUUUUUUUUUAAUGGCUUCUUUUUUCUGUGUCUUUAGUUGUUCUUGUUUUGUUUGUAAGCUGCCUCGAGUCCCUGUCUGGGAAAGAGGUGGGGUAUUAAUAAUAAUAAUAAUAAUAAUAAUAAUAGUAAUAAUAAUAAUAAACAAAUUGCAGCAAACUUUCUCCUUUACAAAACAACCCCUUUUUGCAAUUUGUCCCCUCUAUGAAGCUUUGUGAAUUUGCAAACCUGGAUUAAGGGUUGUCCUUCCAUGUGAUGACGAUGAUUUCUCUCUUACAGCACACAAAUGGCUGGAUUGACUCCACAAAAAUCAGUGAGAGGCAAAGAGCAGUCAAGACCACCAACGUACUCAUGAAAUAUGUCUCCGAGCAUUUGGACUUUGAUGUGAGUGACCAAGGCUUAAUGCUGCAAUUUCAAAUCGUAUUGCAUUGGAAAGUUCAGGUGUGAACUAGAUGAAAGCUGUAUGGCAUGGCCAUCCCAAGGGAAGGUGCCAGCCAGUGCUAUUUUUCUAGAAAAAGAGGUGCCAGGACUCACCAUGAACUCACCUCCCUCAUUCUCUUAUAAUGGCAAUAGCGCCCACCUGAGAGGUGCCAGUGUUAGCUAUUUGCAGUAUAGUAGCACUGCAGAGAGCUUGCUGGGGAGACCAUGCGUUAAAAAGGGACUCAAAAAUAACUAAACAAGGUUUUAAUAACAAAAACAAAAACUCCUUAUACACUAAAUACACCAACAACAAACCAGGCCCAACCACCAACCCAUCCCCCAGGGUAACGGAAGAGCUAGGUGCUGCUCCUUAUAUACUACACCCAAAUGCUGACACAGCUUAAUCAAUACAACUCAGCACCUGCUGUGUUUCACAGCUGUAAAGCUGGGUCUCGUUAUUUUGCUCUGGCCCCUUAAAGACAUACACAUCGGGUGGAACAAUGAUGAACCUUUACAUUUAAAGAAACCAUUCAACAUUUCCCCUGCGGUUCAUCAUUGUGGAACAAAAUCAUAAAGCAUAUUUUGUACAUGUCUUUCAUGAGUAACCUUUGGAAGCGCUUUAGUAAAAAUGUCUGCAAUUUGAUUGUCACCUGGAACAUAUUGAAAUACAAUCAUUUCGUCAGCAAUUAGUUUCUUUACAAACUGUAAACGUAAUGUCAGGGCUGCCUCAGGUCUCAGCUCACAAAAGACCAACGCCAAGUUCUUCUUAUAUACAAAAGUGUUUAUUGGAGUUCGUUGUUUGCUUCACAUCCGAGGCGCGCAGCCCCACGUCUGUUACGCUUAGACCGUUGAAGUCUCCUCUGAGUCAGUCCCUCCCCUGCACCAGUUUAAGAGGCUUGCGCUGCUCCACCUCUUCCUCUCUUUCCUUUUCCGCAGGGUCUUCCUGCCCGCUGGGGUUUCGCCCCUCCUGGAUUCCCCUGACGCGGAUCCCCAGAUUGCUCUUCCCCCCUCCUGCGGGCUUUGGGACCUGGCUCCUCCUCCGGGCUCCCUCUACUUCCGCGCGCCUCCACAUUUGAACUUGGCGCGCGCGCCCAACCUCUAACCUUCCUUUUGACAGUUACACUACUCCCUUCACUACUCCCCUCCCUUUCCGGGAGGGUGGCUUGCUCCGACCUCCCUCCCUUCUCUGCUGGCAGAGCUGCUUCCCCUGAUACACUGGAACCUCCACCCCCUUCGCUGCACUCUGGCGGGGAGGCUGGUCCUGACGCCCAGCUGCCACUUUGGGAUCCCCCGCUGGCCCCCUGCUCCUGACACGUCCCCCCUGGGGCUCCCCUGGCCUUGACCACCGGCGCCCCCUUCUGGGAAUCCUCUGAUUCGCUGGAAAGACUCAUGGAAUCUCUUGAGUCAUUGUCAUCCUCUUCCUCGCUGUCCUGGGAUUCAUCCCCAUCGCUCUCCAUCUCCUGCCUACCCUGUGCCUCUGUCCCUGAACCCCUGACACGUAACCUUAAGACUCUAGUGCGCUGUGCAUUGGUCUCUGAACACAGGAUAGCUAGUCCGCUCUGGGAAUCAAGGUAAACUCUUACUGGUAGUGUUACUUUCAUCUGUAGGUCUGCAAAUACUUGCAGAUACCAUUCCACAUCACGAGUGGCCUGAACGCAUGCACAUAAUUCACUCUCUGUUGUGGAGAGACAAAUAAUGGUUUGUGUCUGGGACUUCCAUUCAAAUGGACAACCGUUAUAACAAAACACCAUACCAGACACAUCCCUGCAAUUAUUUUGUUCCACUGCAUGAGAUGCAUCGCAGAAAAUUUCAAAACCUUUGUCAAUACAUGAUGUAAACUGCAACCUAUAAUGUUUGGUAUGUUUAAGGUACACUACCACUCUCUUAAGAGCAGAGAAACAUUGCGUAGUGGGCUUUUCCACAAAUUUUGCCAGAAAGUGAAAGGCAUAAGUUAUAUCUGGUCUUGAGAUUCUUUGAAUGAAAUUUAGCUUGCCUAUAGCAGAACGAUACAAAGUUUUGUUAGGAAAUGGCUUAUCUUCACCUGUAAAGGUGAAACCACACACCAUAGGCGUUUCCUUCCCAUUUGCAUUUUCUUAAACCCAUUUUGAAUCAAUAAGUCUCAUAUCUGGGGUUUGUGGUACAAGAGACCAGGUGUUAUGCUCUUUUAAAGAAGCUAUCUCAGAGUUGAUAGCUUUAUACCAAUUUACAGCUUGGUGCUUAGGUAAAUUCUGAACAUCAUUGUAGCAUUUUGGCUCAAAAACCGCCUUAUUGGCAUACACAGUAUUUAAAUGUUCAUCUGCAAAACGUUGUGGCUUCUGUCUCUUUCUAUCUGAACGUCUCAGUCCGGAAGGAGAGUCAGACUCCUCAGACUUAAUGGGACUAAGUGAACUACUAGUUUCAGGUUGUAAAUCAUCAUUGUCAGACCAAAGAGGUGCCUGUAGGCUAAGCUCACAGUCAGAAAACUCAAGAGAAUCUAAGCUCCCCUCGGGUGCCUGUGACUUUAAAUCAUCAAACAAAUUAUCAGAUUCAACAGGCUUUUUGUCUUGUUCCAUUAAUUCAGAAGCACCAUUUCCUCCUGCUGCUGCUGCUGCUGCUUCCUCUUCUUCCUCAGUGUCAUUUAUACCGUUAGUAUCUUGGAAAACAGCAACGCCAUUCCAAUUUACAGUUUGUAUCAUGCUUCUGGUAAUAUGAAAUUUGCCAGUUGCUGGUAUGUAAAUUCUGUAUGCCCCCUGCUGGUAGCCCAUUAAUUUUCCCUGAACACUACUGUCAGGGGUUCAGGAGCAGAGGCACAGGAAAGGGAGGAAAUAGAGAGCGAGGGGGAGGAGUCCGAAGGAAAUGUUAGCGAUGACAGCGGUCCGAGGUCUCUGAGUCUUUCCAGCGAAUCGGAAGAUUCACAGAAAGGGGCUCCCUUGGUCAGAGCAAGGGGGUGCCGAGGGGACACCCCAGGAAGAAGGGGCCAGAGGGGACUCAGAGAGCAGCAGUUGGAAAUCAGGACCAGCGUCCACACCAGAGUGCAGUAGGGGAGGAGUCCCAGGCAUCGGGAUCAGGCGGCGCACUGCCAGUGGGAGGACAUGAGUCAGGAUUGGCCACGCCUCCAUCGGGGAGCGAGGAAACGGUCGAGAGGAAGGUUGAAGGCUGGGCGCGCGCGCAAGUUCAAAUGUACAGGAGGGCGGCGCAGUUGGCAGCCCGGAUAGGGAGCCAGGUCCCAAAGCCCGCCGAAAGAGGGGGAGGAGUCAGGAGGGUCAGCGUCAGAAGAAUCCAGGAAGGAAGGGACCCCGGGGGGUAGCAGGACCCAGAGGAGAAAGGAGAGACGUAAGAGGUGGAGUAAGGCUAGAAUCUUAAACUGGUGUACAGGGGGGCGGAGACUCAGAUGGAGCUUCGCCGAUCUAACCCCUAGACGUAGAGCUGGGGCGCUCCGGCUUGAAAAUGGAAACUGUACUUCAAUAAAGACUUUUGCACAUUACUGCCGGCUAGCGUUGGUCCUCUGUGAGCUGGGACCUGGAGCCAGCUCUGACAGUAAGCUCCAUCUCCUAAAGUUUUGCACCAAAAACCUCGUAACGUGAGUGGACGCAGCGAGGGAAGAAGAUUGGUGCUUUGCGAGCUCACAAAAGUCAGGCAAGAUGACUACAGAACAGCAACUAGCAGCCCUGCAAAAUGCAGUGACACAACUCAACGCGGAGGUACUCGCAUCCAGGAAAAGGGAAGAGGAAGCGGCUGCCGCCUGCAGGGAUCCCAAGCCAGGUUGGAAGUGCUUGCUAAGCAGGGGCAACCGGGACCCAAAUCAGAGGGGAUUGGGCUGGGGAAAGAGGAGGCAGCCUGGUAUCUCAUUUCGAUGGGAAUUUGCAGCAGUACCCUAACUUCCGAGCAGACGUGCUGUUUGCGCUGGAACUGCUGGAUAAAGACUUUAGAGAUGAGCAAGAGAAGGUGGGGUUUAUCUUGUCCCAUUUGCAUGGGGAAGCUAAAGCGUGGCUGCGCAAUCUGUGGAGAGAUAAGGAUCCGGCGCUCCAAAAUGCGGAUGCAUUCAUUAAAGCGAUGGAUUCGUGUUUUUAUCAAAUAUAGACAUUGAUAUCGCCAGAAAAGACAUACAUGGGCUCAAACAAGGCAGAGCCAGUGUAAGGCAGUACCAUUCCCGCUUUUUGCAUUAGUCCAUGCGCUGGGAUGGGAGAAGGAUUCUGCCCCAGUCAGAGACCUUUUUGGGAAGGCUUGAAUGCAAAUGUGAAAGAUGAGAUUGCAAGGGGGGAGAGACCAAAGAGCACUCAGGAGGUUGUCCGGCGGGCGCUGCAAAUUGGGGUGCGUCUGGAAGAACGUCCAUGGAACAGAGAAGAAGGACGUUGGGGACGUACGCCAGUGAGAGCACCUCCCCUCUUUCCCAAGGAUACAGCGCGUGUGCAAUCCCCACCUCCGCAAGGAGGGAGAGCAACCGAUGGAGAUUGGAGGCGCCAGGGCUCAGUCAACAACCAGAGCCUUAACACCGGGAGCAGUCAAAGCGAAGCCUCCUAGAGGGAACAGGAAGUGCUACAUCUGCGACAGUGCUCAGCACAUGGCGAAAGAGUGUCCCCAGAGGCUCCACAAGCACACUGCAGCCUCAGCAACAGUAACAGAAGCAACUCAGCAGAGAGAAACACAGCAGGGAAACGACAGAGUCUGGUUGGAGGAAGAGGCACUGGGGCCCAACCAGACAAGUCAAUGAAGCCGUCCCCAGAGAUUUUGCAGCCCACAGACCCCCUCCCGCCCAAACCAGUGGUGCAGCUCACAGCAUCGCUCCAACUACCCAAUGGACUCACUAUGGAAGUGCCGAUUACCAUUGACUCUGGUAGUAACGCAGACUUCAUAGGACUGGAUUUCCUUCAAGAGCACAACAUAGCACUCCUGCCAGCCACGCUGCCUCUGAAAGUUGUCACGGUGGAUGGCAGGGAGUGCUGGGGGCAGGUGGUGCAGCAAACGCCUCCGAUGGUGAUGCAAAUUGGGAAUCACCGAGAAGUCAUCAGCUUCAAUGUCACCCAACUGUCGGACACGCCUAUAGUAUUAGGCAUGAGUUGGCUGCACAGGCACAGCCCAGCAUUGGCGUGGUACCAGCGACAACUGACCUUCGGCUCCUCAUACUGUGCGGAACAUUGCAUUCUGCCUAGCCCGGAAGGGGAAGAGGAUGACCCGCAGCUACAAUUAGGCACGCUGCAAGCAGUGCCACUCAAGUACGCAGCGUUUUGGAGGUUUUCUGCGAGAAGGAAGCGGACAAGCUACCUCCCACAGGUCUUAUGACUGCAAGAUUGACCUCCUGCCAGGGCGACGCUGCCAAACCGGAAACUGUAUUCCAUGUCCGAAGACGAGCUGCAGGAACUCAGGGAGUUCAUAGACCUCAACUUGAAGCGCGGUUUCAUCCGGGAGUCGAAGGCAGUGGGGGGGCAGUCCUGUAUUCUUUGUGAAGAAGAAGGACACGCCCCAAAAAAGGCUUGUGGUGGACUAUAGAAUUUUGAACUCAAAAACCAAGCCCACAGCCUUUCCCAUGCCCAAGAUAGAUGACCUGCUCGCAACGGUGAGGAAAGGACGCGUUUUCACAAAGUUGGAUCUGCGAAGGGCGUACAACCUGAUUCGCAUGCGGGAGGGCGACGAAUGGAAGACUGCCAUGUUCACGCCCCUGGGCACCUAUGAAUACAGAGUUAUGCCCUUUGGAUUACAAAAUGGCUCCCACUGUUUUCAAGCCUUCAUGCAUCACGUAUUGGCGGGUCUCCUCUACAAGAAAUGCGUCUGCUUCCUGGACGACAUCCUGAUAUUUUCAGAAUCAGAGGAGGCCCACGAGGGAGACGUCAAGGAAGUUCUGCAGAGACUGCAGGAGCACAGGCUGUACGCCAAGCUGGAAAAGUGCCAGUUCGACAUGAAGGAAGUAGAUUUCCUGGGCUACAAGUUGUCGGACAAGGGGCUCGCCAUGGACAGCGCCAAGGUUCGCUCAGUGUUGGACUGGAAGAGCCCGCGCAAUCGGAAGGAGGUCCAACGGUUUGUCGGUUUCGCCAACUUUUACCGCAAGUUCAUCAAGGGGUUCGCGAUGCAGACGGCAGCCAUUACCGACACACUCAGCUCCAAGAAGAAGAAGUUCAUCUGGACGGAGCAAGCGGAACAGUCCUUUCAGAAACUCAAGCGUCUCUUCUCGUCCGAAGAGCAGCUACUGCAUGUGAAUCCCAGCAGACCGAUGAGGGUUGAAACGGACGCCUCAGACAGAGCCGUGGGAGCAGUACUGUUGCAGCAAGACCCGCAUGGGGACUGGAGACCGUGUGCCUUCUACUCCAGGAAGCUCAGCAAGUCAGAGCAGAACUACACCAUCUGGGACAGGGAGUUGCUGGCCAUUCAUGCAGCAUUCAAGGCGUGGCGGCACUUCCUCAUUGGAGCCAAACACACAGUGCAGGUCCGCACGGACCAUAAAAACCUGGAGUACUGGCGCACGGCAAGGUUCCUGAACCAGAGGCACAUACGAUGGGCGGAGUUCUUUGCGGAUUUCGACUUCAGGAUAGAGUACAUCCCAGGCGACAACAACAUCAUGGCGGAUGCACUGUCCAGAAAGCCGCAAUACCUCGAGGAGGCGGCACCAGCAGCGGCCAAGCACAUUUUCGCACCGAAAGCGUGGGCGUGCGCUUCAGCAACCGUGGACCUGGAUGCUGUACGUCGAGCACUGCAGGAGGACCCCUUCGCGCAAGCAAAGAUGGCAGAGGUGCAAAGGGGCACGGCGGAGGACGACGAGUUCCAGAUACGCGACGGAUUGCUCAUCCGCAGAGGGGCCCUCUACGUACCGGGAGACGACCUCCGCGCGAAAGUACUGCAGCAGUUGCACGACGCACCCACCGCCGGGCACUUUGGCAAAGAGAAGACGGUAGAAUUAGUAGCCAGAGAUUUUUGGUGGCCCAAGAUGCGGGGGAAGUCGCGGAUUACGUCUCGAGGUGCGACACCUGCCAAAGGGCCAAGUCAGUGCACAAACCGCCGGCGGGACUGCUCGAACCGCUGCAGACACCGAUCGAACCGUGGGAGAGGGUGGCCCUGGACUUUGUCACGGAUCUACCCAGCUCGAGGGGCAAGACGGCAGUGCUAGUGGUGGUGGACAUGUUCACCAAAAUGGCCCACUUCAUUCCGUGCGCGAAGGUGGCCACGGCGGAACAGACCGCCAAACUGUUCAUAGACCACGUGUUCAGGGUUCACGGUCUGCCACGGUCUAUCCUGUCCGACCGGGGGCGACAGUUCAUCUCGAACUUCUGGCAGAAGCUGAUGGGUUUCCUGAACGUCAAGAUCAACCUAGCGUCGGCGAGACACCCGCAGACGAACGGACAAGCGGAGCGAGUCAACGCCAUCAUGCAGCAGUACCUGAGAUGCUACGCAAAUCAGCAGCCGGCAACAUGGGUGGACUACCUGCCGCUCGCUGAGUUCGCCUACAACAACACGAAGCACGUGUCCACGGGGGUGACACCGUUCUUCGCCAACAACGGGAGGCAUCCCAGAACCUUCCCGGGAUUAGCGAGAGAGGGGAGGGGGAGCCACAGGCAGCGGAAGCCUUAGCAUCAGAGUUGCAGGAGGUUCACGAACAGCUUCGGAGGCAGUUAGAACUAGCAAAGCACGCAUACAAACUGCAGGCUGACAAGCACAGAAGGGUUGGGGAAGACAUACAGGUGGGAGACUGGGUUUGGUUAGCAGCCCAGGCAGUGCCGGCCAGAUCGUUAGCGAAGAAGAAGCUAGGGCAUAAGCAGCUAGGACCCUACCAAGUCGAGGCACAGGUCAAUCCAGUGGCCUUCCGGUUGACACUGCCGGAGGGAUCCAGAAUGCACCCAGUUUUCCAUAGAUCAGUGCUCACGCCCUACAAAGCACCUCAUAGAUUUCAGGAGCCAGGAACGGCACCAGACCCGUUCAGGGAAACGCCCACAAGGGGGUCGCCAAGGCGGGAACCCGUCAACGAAGUCACAGAGAUUUUAGACUCGAGAUGGGGGGAGGAGGGAGUGGAAUACCUCCUCGCCAAGGAAGGUACCCCGGCUAGCGCCAACAGUUGGGUGCCAGAUUAUGCUCUGGAGGAAUCUUGGCUUAAGGACGAGUUCCAUGCCCUUUUCCCACACAGGCCCAUGCCAGCCGAGUAUUUCGACGACUGGCUUUUCACACCCACAUUUUCAGCUAGCACAUUCCAGGGGUUCACCUCGGACGAGGAACCGGCACUAGAAACACGUUCCCCGGAGGGAUCACCCUCGGGGUCUGCCUCAGACCGUUCCUAUUGGUGGGACAAUCAACCAGAGGAGCAGUGGCGCAGGAAGUGGUUGGGGGGUCCUUGGCAGGCAACGUCCCCGGAGGAGACCGGGGAGAGACGGACAUGGACGUGUUGGGGAGGACCUUGGGUUCGAGCACGGCGGCAAAGAGAUGGAAGCAGAGGAAAUUGAGGUCGGCGAGAGCACGGAGGACGAGCCGGACUUAUCCGGCUGGAUGCACGCCACGGGGACGAACUGUAUCCGGCACUCACCCCCACAACGACGGAGCACCCAGUACCCACACCUGAAGGAGGGGAGGGGGAAGGGGGGCUUCGAGGGGGAUGGAUGUCAGGGGUUCAGGAGCAGAGGCACAGGAAAGGGAGGAAAUAGAGAGCGAGGGGGAGGAGUCCGAAGGAAAUGUUAGCGAUGACAGCGGUCCGAGGUCUCUGAGUCUUUCCAGCGAAUCGGAAGAUUCACAGAAAGGGGCUCCCUUGGUCAGAGCAAGGGGGUGCCGAGGGGACACCCCAGGAAGAAGGGGCCAGAGGGGACUCAGAGAGCAGCAGUUGGAAAUCAGGACCAGCGUCCACACCAGAGUGCAGUAGGGGGGGAGGAGUCCCAGGCAUCGGGAUCAGGCGGCGCACUGCCAGUGGGAGGACAUGAGUCAGGAUUGGCCACGCCUCCAUCGGGGAGCGAGGAAACGGUCGAGAGGAAGGUUGAAGGCUGGGCGCGCGCGCAAGUUCAAAUGUACAGGAGGGCGGCGCAGUUGGCAGCCCGGAUAGGGAGCCAGGUCCCAAAGCCCGCCGAAAAGAGGGGGAGGAGUCAGGAGGGUCAGCGUCAGAAGAAUCCAGGAAGGAAGGGACCCCGGGGGGUAGCAGGACCCAGAGGAGAAAGGAGAGACGUAAGAGGUGGAGUAAGGCUAGAAUCUUAAACUGGUGUACAAGGGCGGAGACUCAGAUGGAGCUUCGCCGAUCUAACCCCUAGACGUAGAGCUGGGGCGCUCCGGCUUGAAAAUGGAAACUGUACUUCAAUAAAGACUUUUGCACAUUACUGCCGGCUAGCGUUGGUCCUCUGUGAGCUGGGACCUGGAGCCAGCUCUGACAACUACACUCACCCAAUUUCUGCUUAGCGGGAUAAUGCAUAAUUACAUCUGAAUCCCAAAUGCGUAGGUAUUUCAGAUUAGGGUGUUUUUUAAACAGCUUCUCAUAUACCUGAAGGAGCGUCUCCACCCCCAUCGUUCUGCCCGGACGCUGAGGUCCAGCGCCGAGGGCCUUCUGGUGGUUCCCUCAUUGCGAGAAGCAAAGCUACAGGGAACCAGGCAGAGGGCCUUCUCGGUAGUGGCACCCACCCUGUGGAACACCCUCCCAUCAGAUGUCAAAGCAAUAAAUAACUACCUGACAUUUAGAAGGCAUCUUAAGGCAGCCCUGUUCAGGGAAGCUUUUAAUCUGUGAUAUUUUACUGUAUUUUUUGUUUCUAUGGAAGCCGCCCAGAGUGGCUGGGAAACCCAGCCAGAUGGGCGGGGUACAAAUAAUAAAUUAUUAUUAUUAUUAUAGGGGGUUGUUAGGAUAUUUCCGUUCCACCUUAAACAGGGAGCAGGCUGUUGUUUGAGUCACAGUCUGCGUACUUCCGGCUCACAGGAAGUUUAUGUUUUGUACAUAGCUUUUAUUUCUCUCUCUGUGCCUGAACACGCAGGCAAGCAGUCAUGUUUUUCUUUGUUCUGACCAACGCUGAAUAAAGUUGUAAAUAAUGCUCUCCUGAGUGCAUCUUUCAUUGUGCGAACUCUGCAAAGGUAGUGCACAAGUCCUUGAAUGUGGAAAGCUGUUUCUGAGGCUUGUGUCGCUAAUUGACUGAUACUGCGUUCCUACGGGAGGUUGAUGGAUCGUCCGGAGUCAACGUGGGGGCAUGAUGGCCUUUGUCUCCCUGGCAGUAUCCCAACAGGGGUGACAUCUAAACCAGAAUGAUAACUGCGAUUUCUAACGUAACAAAAGGCAUUGAGCGCUUCAGCCCAAAAGACUUUGGGCAGAUUAGCAUUGUGCAGAUAAGUUUUAACCCCUUCCUGCAGGUCACGCUGCACAACUUCAACAAGCCCAUUUUGCCAGGGACUUGGGGGGCAAGAUAACUCAUGAGUAGUCCCCUGCGCUUCCAGGAAAUUCUCAAAAUCCUCAGAAACAAAUUCCCCACCCCAGUCAGUAAACAGGUUCUUAAUUGGUUUGUUAAAAUGCGUUUUUACCCAGUUGCAAAAAGCUCUGUACUUCUCAAAUGCUUGGGACUUCUCAGCUAUUGCAUAAGUCCAACAAUAUCUACUAUACUGGUCUAUCAGGGUAAGCCAGUACUUAGAACCUCCUAAUGAUGGUGGGAGUGGCCCAACUAAAUCACAAUGUACACGCUCAAAUGGCUCAGUUACUUUCCUAUCUGAGCACCUACCCUUGAGUGCAACCUUAAUGUUAUUCUUGCAACAGGAUAGACAUUGCAUAAAGAAUUUACAUGGUUUUAAGUUUAGGCCAUUAAUAAUAUUCUUUGUCUUAAUUACAUCAGCAAAAUUCAGAUGUCCCAGAAUUCUGUGUGCUUCAUGGGCACACCCGGAAUGUGGCCUUACAUUCCUCAACCCCUGGCUUGACUGUGCUGCUCUGCAAUUUAUAGGCGAUUGGGAGUAGGUGCGAAAAUACAGUCUAUAUAAACCAUCAGAGUCCUGGGCAUACAAUAGACGUUUGUUCCCAUCGAAAAACUCACACAUUGACUUUAAGAAACGCACAGUUAUGCCUUGACAAGCAAAACAUCUUACUGACAAUAAAUUGUCCACUGACGGGCAGUAAAUGCAGUUCGCUAUCGUAAUGUUUAAAGAGUCAAGUUUAAUAGUAUCCCUGCCAAGCGACUGCAAGACUUGUGAAUUGGCUAAAUGUACAUUACCAAUUUCCUCUUUAAAAGAAAUAAACAAGCUUCGAUCGUUGCAAAUGUGCUGAGAUGCUCCUGAGUCCACAAUAAAAGACUUCCACUUGGCACCUUUAAUUCUUUUACGAUCUGUAGUCCGAGCAUGAAAAGCUCGUGGCUCGUUUCUGUCUUUAUGGUACGAUGUCGGCUGCUGGGCUGACGACCGUGACUGAUGAACAGAAACAGACUUGGGAGUACUUUGCUUUCUUUUGGAUCUGCAGUCCUUUGCAAAAUGUCCCUGCUUAUUGCAGAACCAAUAACGCUUUGCAGCUUUAAAUGCAGUCGUAUCACCACAAGUUUGCAUAUGGCGUUCCUCGUUGUUUCUGGAAAUAGGAGUGCUUAUGGCACAAGCCUCCCUUCUAUCCAACUCGCCCAUUAAUCUUGCCGUUACCCCUUCCACAGUUAAUUGUGCUGGUGGAACGGCAGAUAUCUGGCUAGCUACACCAUCAAAGUCCUCAUUAAGGGAACAAAGAAUGAUAAAAACAUACUGAAUAUCAGGUAUCUCCAUGUCCCUUUGAAUUAAUUUGCAGCGUAUUGCCUCCAGACGUCUCAAGUGUGCUGCCAAAUCACCACCAGGCUGCAACUUGGUCUGGUACAGCUGCUUGAAAAACGUCAAUGCAGACGCUGACUCUUUUCUAAUAUGCACUGCUGCAAGACUGUCCCACAUUUCUUUGGCAGUUUUCUUAUUUCUUAUAUAGACUACUUGCUGGUCGCUGACUGCCAAAUUAAUUAUUGCCCUGGCUUUUGCAUCUCCUUUCGACCAAGCAUUAGUUACAGGGUCAGGAGAGUCAUCAGUUACAUAGGUGCGUACUUCUCUAGAGGUCAAAAGCGCCUCCACCCGAAAAGACCAUAAACUAUAGUUCUCAUCUGUUAGCUGUGGGAACACCAGAGCCUUCUCGGCUUCUGGAACCCGGUCAACCAUUCUGGAACUCUUCCAGACCCACAGAAACUACACUAACAGGAGAAGGAGUUUUCAAACCUUUCUCAGAGUCAAAAAAUAUGCAGUCAUCCACUCAGCAGCUGGGCCCAUAACCAAAGAUGUUACCUAUUUGCAGUAUAGUAGCACUGCAGAGAGCUUGCUGGGGAGACCAUGCAUUAAAAAGGGACUCAAAAAGUACUUAAACAAGGUUUUAAUAACAAAAACAAAAACUCCUUAUACACUAAAUACAUCAACAACAAACCAGACCCAACCACCAACCCAUCCCCCAGGGUAAUGGGAGAGCUAGGUGCUGCUCCUUAUAUACUACACCCAAAUGCUGACACAGCCAUUCAACAUUCAACCAUUCAACAGCCAGAACUGAGUUCCAGUGAGUUCUGGCUGGGGAAAAAGCCCUGGGGCAAGCCUAGGGUGGGCCACCUAAGCACAGCUCUCUUGCCCUGCGCCCCUCUGCCACCUUUGCCGACUGAAAGCAUGCCAGACGGUUUUCUCUUGCUGGGCUCUGUGGGACGAGGGCUGACUGUGCAUCUCUCUCUCUCCACCUCCUAGGUAUCCCAGGAUUUCCCCCUUCUUGGGCAGCUGGUGGCGCUCUUGUCCAUUCACCUCACAGACAACGUGAAGGAGAUUGGCCUGCAGUCAGCGGAGGCCUUGUACCAUCUCCAUUACAUCAUGAUAGCCAAAAUGGGUGAGGGCGAUGCUGGGAAAUGGCUUGUUUCUUGUAAGCUGCAGGGUGGGAGAUCUGUAGCCCUCCAGAGGCUGCUCCAACUCCCAUCAUCCCUGAGUGUUGCCCAUGCUGGCUGCUGCUGGGGUUGAUCAGGGAGUUCAGGAGGGCCAGAAUUCGUGCCAGCACUGGCCUAACGCCAACACCCUGUUGGCCAGAGACGAGAGGGCAGUCUUGGGGGAGGGAUUCACUGCUGAAGAACAUCAGAAAAGCCUUCUGGACCUGACCAGUGGCCCAGCCCAGUCCAGCAUCCUGUUCCCACAAGGGUUGACCAGAUGCCUGUGGGAAUCCAGCAAGCAGAAUUCAAGCUCUUUCUACUCCUGUACUUUGCUGCCUCUGACCAUGGAGGCAGAGCAUAGCCAUCCUGGCUAAUAGCCAUGGGUAGCCUUCUCUUCCAUGAAUUUGCCUCAUCUUCUUUGAAAGACAUCUUGGUCCGUGGCCAUCAGUGCCUCCUGUGGCAGGGAGUUCCAGAGUUUAGCUGUGCACUGCAAGAAGAAGGACCAUCCUGAAACUUCAGUUUCAUUGGAGGUCCAGUUGUUCUCAUGUUCUGACGGUGAGAGAGAAAGCUUUCUCUCUCCACUUUCUCCAUGCCAUACAUUGUGUCUCCUCUUCCUCGCCGUUUUUCUAAACGGACCCCCCCCCCAAAUGCUGCAACCAGCUCCACAAGCACCCCAGUCCUUUUGGUUGCCCCCUUCUGAACCUUUUUCCCAGUUCUGAAUUAUAAUUUUUGAGGUGAAAUUGAUAAUUGUUUUUGUUGGUCCCAGUGGGAAAACUGGAGGUUUUGAGCAGGGAGCACUAAUGCUGGGUUCUUUUGCAUGCAUAUUCCAAAACCCGACCCUGCUUAGGUAAGGAACUGGAGAAGAGGAGGAAUAAAAAUAAGAAAGGCAACAUGGUCAGAUGGGUCCGAGAAGACUUCUUCAUCCCUGGGCCCUCCCUCUUCCACUACAACAUCGCAAAAGUGGCCAAGGUAGGGGUGGCUUUUUGUACUCUUUAUUGCUAAGACCGCAGCCACUCCCAGUUAGCAAAGAUUUGCUCAUUCGGGCCAAUGGGGCCCUGCCCCACCAACUUCAGCCUGCCCUCAGGCAGCCCACGCCUUCUAGGGAUGAGGGAGAGAUUCAGAGCAGUUCACACUGGAAGCCAAAGCUAUCAAAUCGAGGCUUUCAGAAACAAUAGGAGAACUGAAACACAACCCGCCUUUGAAAUUCACAUGUCUUUGAAUUUCGCAAUGCCAAACAGUGUGUAAAAAUACAUGCGUGAGCUAUUAGUGUAAACAACAUUCAGAAAUGCAUUGUAUUAGAAUAAAUUGCUCCAAGACAAGUGCCCGGUAGCCUAAACUGCAUGCAGAAUUCUACUUAUUGAAAUUCUACCAGGUGCUGGGAGACCUAGGGUUCAGAUCCCCACUCAGCCCUGAAACUCACGAGUCAGUCACAGUCUCUCAGUCUAACCUAUCUCAUGAGACUAAAACGGGGAGGAGAGAGAACCAUGCAUUGCCACCUUGGGCUCCUCAGGGUGGAAAAAGAAUAGGAAAAGUUGACUCAUUCGGUGCAUCUUUCACAAGGCACUGCCAAGCCAAUGAACUAUGCCAACCUUGUGGUGGGUGUUUUUGUUGUAUAUUAAGAACUAAACCCACAGCCGGCAGGUUCCCACCCAGUCUGUUUGGCAUUGGUUAUAUAAUAGAUAGCCACUAUUAUUCACCCUCUCUGUUCCUGCGAGAAUUUUUUUUUAAAUUUUCUAGUCUGAUUUUAGAUUGAACCUCUUCAUGUUCCAAUGUCAUAACCAAUUUAAGAUGUGGAUCGAAAAUAGCAAGGCGUCACCUGACUUUUAGUUUUGUUUGUUGUAAAAUAUUUCAGCUACUUAAAUAAACACAUAAAUAGAAUCACCGAAUUGUAGAGUUGGAAGGGACGCGGGGGUCACUUAGUUCAACCCUCUCAAGGCAGAGUGGAGAUGUCUUUCACUUGGUUUGUGAAGGCACGCUUGGACUACUGAAACGUGGUCAGAGUGUGGAGCAGAAGAAAACUCCCUCUUCUUUCUUCUUUGUGCCAGGCUUUUGGGGAGCACCUCACGCCCAGCCAGAUCAACGAAGUCGUGCUGAAGGCGAUUGACAACCUGACAGUGGAAGACAGAGCCGUCUCUCAGGCUGCAGGAAAGCUCCUAAGGUCCUUCCUUGAGGAAUGCGGCAUGGAUAUGGAAGACGUAAGGCUCAAAACGGAGGCAGGGGGAGCAGGUUUCCUCUAAAUUAAACAUUCUCUUCGGACUUAGAAUUAGGUUCUUUCUGGGAAGUAAGAAGGCAUUGUGUGGGAAGUAAGAAGAGCCAGUGUGGUGUAGUGGUUAAGAGCGGUAGUCUCGUAAUCUGGUGAACCGGGUUCGCUUCCCGCUCCUCCACAUGCAGCUGCUGGGUGACCUUGGGCCAGUCACACUUCUGUGAAGUCUCUCGGCCCCACUCACCUCACAGAGUGUUUGUUGUGGAGGAGGAAGGGAAAGGAGAAUGUUAGCCGCUUUGAGACUCCUUCGGGUAGUGAUAAAGCGGGAUAUCAAAUCCAAACUCUUCUUCUUCUUCUUCAAUUUCCGUGUCUGUGGCUCGAGCCUCUGUUUCCAUCCUGCUGCAGUUCGGCUUCCAAAAUCAACCACCCUGUUUUUCAUCUCCCUGUCUGCUUUGGCAGUAUUUUAAUUACAUUAUUCCACCCUGUUCAUUUCAGUGCAAAGGAAACACAAUAUGGGCAACACUGAGGUCAAUUAAUAAAACUUUGCUAUGAUCAAAAUGAUCACCCUCCCAAAACUAACCUACUUAUUCCAAACCCUCCCAAUCUUGAUUCCCCCAACACUACUCCGCAGAUGGCAGAGAAAACUACACUCUUUUAUCUUCUCACAUAAAAAACCAAAAAUAAGCCCCAAAUACCUGCACCUCCCCACCUCAGAAGGAGGAUGGGGAAUCCCCAACAUGGAAGCAUAUUACAUUGCCAGCCAAAUACUCCAUAUAAUCCCAUAUAUACUAGAAGAUGAGACAAAACAAUGGGUACACCUAGAGAGGGACAUAAUUGAAAAUACCAACCCCAUCCCCACUAAUCCCCCUGCCCUACCACCCAUUAUUCCACCAUGCAGCACAAAACCUCCAGAUAAAAACCUGGCAAACCAAAGGCUUAUAUCGCCCAAUAGACUUCUGUAAAAAUAACAAACCUUUGUCAACACAAGAAAUACAAGACAAACUAGAAGACACCCAAAUGCCCUGGUUAACACAACACCAAUUACAUGCCCUCUUAAACAAUCCAACAAUAAAAUCAGCAGCAACUAGGCCCCUGAUAACCUUUGAAAACCUCCUCCUAACAACAAAGGGAAACAGUAAAGGGAUGGUAUCCGCAAUAUACAAAAUACUACUCCAAAAUCCCACAAACCCCCUAGACGCAAUCAAAAAACAAUGGGAGAAUGACAUAGGCUAUGAGAUUAACCCCACUCAAUGGAUCAGAAUGUGAUCUAAACCCCCCUUUAAAUCCAUAUCAAUGAAAAGAACUCACUCUGAAACCCACCUACAGGUGGUACCUAAGACCAAGAAAACUAGCGCUAAUAUGCCCAGGAACCUCACCAAAAUGCUGGAGAGGGUGCACCUCCACAGGCACAUACCUCCACAUGUGGUGGGAGUGCCCCAAAAUCCAACUAUUCUGGACAACAGCCAUACGAGAAAUAUGUAAAAUAACUAAGCAAGUAUUAGACAUCACCCCAGAAUUGGCCCUACUAAACAUCUUCCAAGACAACAAUGCCCACUUACACCACAAAGAACUCAUAACCCACCUACUUUCAGCAGCCAGAAACACCAUAACCAGACACUGGAGAGACUUGUCAGGAGUAAGCCUGGACCAAUGGUACCAAAUAGUAUGGGAAACAGCCCUACUAGAAAAAUUAACCAGUAAACUGAAACUGACACGGGGACAAACAGAAGAAGACGCCUUCACCCCGGUAUGGCUCCCCUUUAUCACGUACACAGCCCAACAAGACAAUGACAAUAAUCCACCAACAGCAUACAAAUCAAUAUGGCUAACCUGAUCCAAAACACCCACCCACCCCACUCUCACACGAAAACAAAGAUCACCACAGCCAAUCACAAACAAACAACCACACCCUAGGCCAACCCCAACCUCUCUCACCACCAAAGGAACACAAGUGGAGAAACAAUUUACAUAUUUUCUGAAUCGAACCAGUCAAUGUCAAGAAUAGAUCAAAUAUGGGUUUCGAAUGAACUGACUCCAAGAAUACUACAAGUUGAAAUACAAUCUAAAGUAAUCUCAGAUCAUAAUCCAAUAAAAUUGGAACUAAAAGGCUUUGAAGAAAGAACAUUUAGAUGGAAAAUUAAGGGUUAUCUUUUGGACGACCAGUAAAUUGUAGGAAAAGCACAAAAGAAACUAGCUGAAUACUUUGUUGAUAAUUGCAACAAGGGUACAAAGAUGAGCGUAGUAUGGGACGCAAGCAAGGCUGUGAUGCGAGGUUUUUUUAUCCAGCAGAAUUCAUUGAAGAAUAAAAACAGAGAAAAGGGGGAAAAGGAAAUUUUAAAGCAGAUAAUGGACAAUGAACAAAAAUUUAUUAGAAAACCAAAUAACUCCAAAAUAAAACAAGAAAUUAAGACCUUGCAAUCACAAUUUGCAAUGAUAAUAAACAAAGAAGUGGAAUGGAAUAUUAAAAAGUUAAGACAGAGAAACUUUGAAUUCGCUAACAAAUCAGGCAAAUGGCUUGCGUGGCAAAUCAAAAAAAGAAAGGAGCAGAACACAAUUAACAGAAUCAUUGUGAAUGGCGAAGAGAUAGAUAAUCCGAAAGAAAUUAGAAAAGGAUUCUUGGACUUUUACAGACAACUAUAUAAAAAUAAAGAAAGGAAUAAUAUGAGGAAAAUUGAGAGAUUUUUAAAAGGGAAAAGGUGCAAAAGAUCCCGGCAGAUAAAAAAGACCAACUGAAUGCCCUAAUCGAAACAGAUGAGAUAAAAGAGAUUAUAAAGGAAUUGAAGAGGGGAAAGGCCCCAGGACCAGAUGGAUUUACAUCAGGUUAUUAUAAAGAGUUAAAAGAUGUUCUGAUGAUACCUUUAUUUUAUUUUUAUUUUUUUAAUAAUUUUUUAUUAAGGUUUUAAACAAACGAAAAAGAAAAACAACACACACAAAAAACAAUACAAAACUUAACAAUAUAAACACAAAACAAUUAAUAACAAACUCUCUUUUCCAUUUCCAAUUUUAAGUUACUUAUUUUCUGGACUUCCUCAUACCUCCCUCUUUUGUAUUCCAAUCCACAUUAUUUAUCCAGCAGUUUCUUUUCCACUUUUAUAAUCCCAAUCUUUAAUUUAAUAAAAUGUUAAAAUAUAUAACUUCAACUUUUUAAACCUAAUCCUUGAUCUUAAUAUCCUGUAACUUUAAAGUUUUCCCUUUAAAAUCAAAUUUCCAUUUCUUUAAACUUCUUUAAUCUUAAUCUUUAAUCUUAAUCUAUCCUUAACUUUAACCUGUGCAGCUGGAAACCACUUAUUUUCAGUCCAACAUCACUCUAACAUUCCUUAAUUUUGCAGUGUUUCUGAAGAUAGUCUUGAAUUUCUUCCAGUCUUCCUCCAUCGACUCUUCUCCCUGGUCACGGAUUCUACCAGUCAUUUCCGCCAAUUCCAUAUAGUCCAUAAGUUUCAUCUGCCAUUCCUCCAGCGUGGGAAGUUCUUGUGUCUUCCAAUACUUUGCGAUGAGUAUUCUUGCUGCUGUUGUUGCUUUCUGAUGAUACCUUUAAAAGAAGUUAUUGUCAGAGCUGGCUCCAGGUCCCAGCUCACAGAGGACCAACGCUAGCCGGCAGUAAUGUACAAAAGUCUUUAUUGAAGUACAGUUUCCAUUUUCAAGCCGGAGCGCCCCAGCUCUACGUCUAGGGGUUAGAUCGGCGAAGCUCCAUCUGAGUCUCCGCCCCCUGUACACCAGUUUAAGAUUCUAGCCUUACUCCACCUCUUACGUCUCUCCUUUCUCCUCUGGGUCCUGCUACCCCCCGGGGUCCCUUCCUUCCUGGAUUCUUCUGACGCUAAGAUUCUAGCCUUACUCCACCUCUUACGUCUCUCCUUUCUCCUCUGGGUCCUGCUACCCCCCGGGGUCCCUUCCUUCCUGGAUUCUUCUGAUGCUGACCCUCCUGACUCCCCCCUCUUUUCGGCGGGCUUUGGGACCUGGCUCCCUAUCCGGGCUGCCAACUGCGCCGCCCUCCUGUACAUUUGAACUUGGCGCGCGCGCCCAGCCUUCAACCUUCCUCUCGACCGUUUCCUCGCUCCCCGAUGGAGGCGUGUCCAAUCCUGACUCAUGUCCUCCCACUGGCAGUGCGCCGCCUGAUCCCGAUGCCUGGGACUCCUCCCCCCUACUGCACUCUGGUGUGGACGCUGGUCCUGAUUUCCAACUGCUGCUCUCUGAGUCCCCUCUGGCCCCUUCUUCCUGGGGUGUCCCCUCGGCACCCCCUUGCUCUGACCAAGGAGCCCCUUUCUGUGAAUCUUCCGAUUCGCUGGAAAGACUCAGAGACCUCGGACCGCUGUCAUCGCUAACAUUUCCUUCGGACUCCUCCCCCUCGCUCUCUAUUUCCUCCCUUUCCUGUGCCUCUGCUCCUGAACCCCUGACAGUUAUGAAUAAUAUUUUAAAGGAAAGAGACAUCCCGGAAACGUGGAAAGAAGCAUUCAUUACACUUAUCCCAAAACAGGACUCGGAUUUAACCCAAGUUAAAAACUAUAGGCCUAUUUCAUUGUUGAAUACAGACUACAAAAUUUUUGCAGGGAUCUUAGCAAGAAGAAUGAAAAAGAUAUUAUUAGAAACUAUUCAUAAGGAUCAAACAGGUUUUCCUUCCAGGUAGACAGAUGAAGGAUAAUGUAAGGAACAUAAUUAAUAUUUUGGAAUAUCUGACUGCCAGGAAUGAGAAACAAGCUAUUCUUAUGUUUGUGGAUGCAGAAAAGGCCUUUGACAACAUAGCAUGGGACUUUAUGUUGAAAAAUCUGGAGUAUAUGGAGGUGGGGAAAGAGUUUUUCAAUGGGAUAAAGGCAAUAUAUACAGAACAGAGAGCUAAGUUGAUUGUAAAUAAUGUGACUACGGAAGAUAUUAAAAUAUCUAAAGGAACUAGGCAGGGAUGUCUGCUUUCGCCAUUGCUGUUUAUAAUGGUCCUGGAGGUCUUUCUUAAAGCGAUUAGACAAAAUAAAUUAAUAAAAGGGAUAACAGUUGGCCAGAAUGAAUAUAAAGUUAAAGCCUUUGCAGACGAUCUGGUAAUAACGAUUGAAGAACCAAUAGAAAGUGUAAAAGAACUAUUAGAGGAGAUUGAACAAUUUGGGAAAGUGGCAGGGUUCAAAUUAAAUAAGAAAACUAAAAUAAUUGCAAAAAAUAUGGAGCAAAGUAUGAUAGAAAUAGUGCAACAACAAUCGCGAAGUAUUGGAAGACACAAGAUUUACCCACCCAGGAAGAAUGGCAGAUGAAGUUGAUGGAUUAUAUGGAAUUGGCGGAAAUGACUGGCAGAAUCCGAGACCAGGGAGAAGAGUUGGUGGAAGAAGAUUGGAAAAAGUUUAAAGACUAUUUACAGAAAUACUGUAAAAUUAAUGAAUGUUAGAAAAAUGUUGGAAUGAAGUUAUAUGGCUUUAGUAGAAAUGAUAUAAGGAAUUAAGUAUAAAUAGAUUAAUAGAGUAUUAAAGGAAAAAAUAAGGUUAGAAUGUGUUAAGAUAAUUAUAGGAUAGAAAACAGAGGAAGAUGGAAAGGAAUUGCUGAAACAAUUAACAGAAGUGGAAUACAAAAAGGGAGGUGCGAGGAGGUUGUGGAAAUUAGUGAAUGAAAGAUGGGAUAAUGAAAUUGUUUGAUUUAUUUUACUGUUUUUGUUUUGUUUUGUUAGUUCAAUGUGUUUAAUGUGUCAAUGUUAGGUAGUGUUUUUGUAUUGUAUUGUUUUUGUAGUGUUUAAAUUGUUGGAAAAGUAAUAAAUAUAAUUUUUUAAAAAAUAAUAAUAAUGCAACAACAAACAGAGAUAGAGGUGGUGAAAAAGGUAAAAUAUUUAGGAAUUUGGUUAACUCCUAAAAACAUUGAUUUGUAUCAGAACAAUUACAUACCGGUUUGGAACGGAAUAAGGAAAGAUCUGGAGGUGUGGGGUAGAAUGAAACUAUCUUUUUGGGGCAGAAUUUCUACGAUAAAGAUGAGCGUCCUUCCAAAGAUGUUAUUCUUGUUUCAGACUAUCCCCAUAAUAAAGGGGGUAACGAUUUUUAAAGAGUGGCAAAGAGUGAUCUCAAGGUAUAUCUGGCAGGGCAAAAAGCCGAAAAUUAAAUUUAAGCUACUAACAGAUGCGAAGGAAAGAGGAGGCUUUGCCCUGCCAGACCUGAAGUUAUAUUAUGAAGCAGCAUGUCUUUGCUGGUUGAAAGAAUGGAUAAAAUUAGAAAAUAAAGAGUCACUGGACUUAGAAGGCUUUGAUAACAGAUUUGGAUGGCACGCGUACUUAUGGUGUGGGAAGAAGAAAAUUCACAAAGGCUUUGGGAACCACAUCUUCCGGAGUGCGUUAAUAGAAAUAUGGGAUAGGUAUAAAAACCUAUUAGAACCAAGAGUUCCACACUGGUUAUCUCCGUUAGAAGUUAUGAGUGUAAAGAAAAUUAAUAUGAGAGGUAAAUGGAUUACAUAUGGUGAACUGAUAAUUAAAGAAGGAGGAAAAUGGAAAUUAAAACCAUAUGAACAAGUUAAAGAAUAUGUUUAUGAUUGGUUGCAUUAUUUUCAGGUGAAUGAAAUGUUUAAAAAGAUUUUAAAGAAAGUGGUUAUGCAGAAAAAGAUUCUAAGUUUCAAAUCGACAUAAUAAACAAUGAUUGUAAAAUUCUGUCAAAAAUGUAUAAGAUAUUUUUGGAAUGGCAUACGAAAGAUGAAAAAGUGAAAUCGGUAAUGAUACAAUGGGCCAGAGAUUUCGGUUAUAAUAUACAAUUUGAUGAUUGGGAAAAACUAUGGAAAGAAAACUUAAAAUUUACUGCAUGCACGGCGUUAAAGGAAAAUGUGAUGAAAAUGUUUUAUAGAUGGUAUAUAACACCAGUAAAAUUGGAAAAAAUGUUUAAGACGUGUAAUAAGUGUUGGAAAUGUAAAGAAAAAGAAGGAACGUUUUAUCAUAUGUGGUGGGAUUGUAAGAAAGUGAAAAGUUUCUGGGAGAUGAUAUAUAAUGAAUUGAAAAAGAUAUUAAAAUAUACGUUUGUAAAGAAACCAGAGGCUUUUCUUUUAGGGAUUACAGGAAACGAGAUAAGAAGAAAAGACUGUAAACUCUUCCAAUAUGCAGUUACAGCUGCAAGGAUUUUACUGGCCCAGAAAUGGAAACAAGAGGAAAUGCUGACGAUUGAAGAUUGGAGACUGAAACUGACAGACUAUGCAGAAUUGGACAAGCUAACUGGGAAAAUUAGAUAUCUUAAGGACCAAAAGUUCAUCGGACUGGGGGAAAUUUGUAGAAUAUCUGAAAAAUACAUGUGAUGUGCAAACAACGUUAGUGAUACAGUGGUGCCCCGCAAGACGAAUGCCUCGCAAGACGAAAAACUCACUAGACGAAAGAGUUUUCCGUUUUUUGAGUCGUUCCGCAAGACGAAUUUCCCUAUGGGCUUGCUUCGCAAGACGAAACGUCUUGCGAGUUCUUGCGAGUUUGUUUCCUUUUUCUUAAAGCCGCUAAGCCGCUAAUAGCCGUGCUUCGCAAGACGAAAAAACCGCAAGACGAAGAGACUCGCGGAACGGAUUAAUUUCGUCUUGCGAGGCACCACUGUAUUUCAAGAAGCACUGUGAAAUUUGAGAUGUAUUGUUAUAAAAAAUAAUAGAAGUGGGAGGGAAGACUAAUGACAAUACUAAGGAGAAGGAAUGCGUGAUUAAGAGGUAAAGAUGGAUGAUUGUCAGAGAAGCUGAAGGAAGUCCAAAAAGAGAGAAUUUAUUUGUUAAAAAUUGGAUAAAAUUGUGUAUCUGUGUUGUAAAUCGAUAAAAAUUAUUAUAAAAAAACCACAAGUGAACAGCAGAGAACCGGCACAAGUAACGCUGACACCAAACCCUACAUACAUUAAGCAAAAUAGAAACAGGUUCACCACACUUUCUCAUCCUGGUCUUCUUCCAGCUGCCUAUGGUUGUGAAGGAGAUUUACAACCAUCUCCACCGGAUCCCCGACACCCGCACUAAGGAUGUGACGCUUUCGGCUAUUGUCAGCCUAGCCACCAAGCGCCUGCAGCCGGUCGUAGACAGCCUGUUGGACUGCUCAAAGGAGUGUGAUGAGUAAGUUUUUGUGAUGUGAAAAUGGGGAGGGCUAGAUUUAAGGGGUUUCUUAAUUUAUAUUUAUUUAUAUUGAAUUUCGUACUUGCAAAAAUUGUGCUCCAAGUUGUGGUUUCUUUCUUUGCUAAUGUAUGUGCAAUAUAAAGAAAAUAUCAAAGGCCUGACUUUUUUUUAAGAAAAGGAAAAAUGAAAAAUUCUGUUUUGAAAAAUUGCAGAAGUACCGCAGUGAUCUGGAAGGCGUUGGUCGCCGAUCCGUAUUCCAGCGUCAAGCUGCUGAGACCCCUCCUGAAAAGGCUGCAGGAUGAAGACCCCAAAGCGGAAGUCCCUUCCAGGCGAUGCAGCACUUCUCAAAUGCCAAUGGCGGUACGAAGCCACUCAGUUUCUCUCUCCUGGAUUGUUUUGAAUGGGAGCUGGAUGGGGCUGGGGGCUUCUUGCUGGGAGGGGGGUGCAUCUUAAUAAGUGGUCCAUCCUGUGAGCACCUGCUUUGUAUGCAGAAGGGCCCCAGCAUCUCCAUGUCGGGGAGUCCCUCGCCUGAAACCCUGGACAGCCACUGCUAGUCAGUGUAGACAACACUGAGUGAGAUGGACCGGGGCUCUGAGCCGCGUCUGAGUCUGAGAUCUUGAUCUGACGAUGACCUCUGCUGAAUGCCGUUCUCCUCUCCUUGUCCCUCCAGGCUACCAACGCUCUGUGUCAUAUCCUGUCGUUCCCUGAGGCUGCAGGUAUCCUGAAGAGCAAGUUCCCCCACCUGCUGUUUGCACUUAGCACUCAGAUCUGUUUUGUCCAUGAGGCGAGAAGAAGAGGUUCGAGAGCGACAAGUCUAAUCCCGGAGCCCUCUUCGCAUCUCGAUCCGCUGACGUGAGGGACCUGCUAAUGCAUUGGGGGGGGCCCUCCCUUCUCUCUCUGACCCAUAGCAGUGAUGGCUCAGCCCUCCCCCAAGAGAUAGGCUUCAUUUGGACAUGGAGGUUCUGCUUAGGUUAGAUAGCUAGGAGACCCAGGCUUCCCCAACCCCUGUGCUCUUCAGUCGCUUUGGACCACAACUCCCACCAGCCCCAGCCAGCACAACUGGGCUGAAGAUGGGAGUUAUUGUAGCCCAAAACAUCUGAAGGACACUAGGAUGGGAGAGGAUGCUGGAGACUCUCCCGCACGAUGGGCUGAUUUGGGUGUGGUGGGACUCACGUGUCAUGGAACCUUAAGUCUCCAUCAGAGCCAAAAGGUUGCCGCUUGUGCUGGAAACAUGGGGGAGGCUGCAGGGGGUGAUGGUUGGGGUUGGACUGCAAGAUGUCAAGGACCUAAAACUCCCCAGAUGAACCUACCCAGACCUUGUGCUCAUCAUCGGAAGCCCCUCUUCACGUGCCUCCUCCACACAAGAAGGGGCCUUUUCUGUGGUGGCUCCCCAUUAGUGAGUUGCUCUCCCCAGGGAGGCUUGCCUGGUGCCUUUAGAUGCCAGGCAAAAAUGGUCCUCUUCAAUCAGGCCAUUGGCUGAUUAACCUCUUAUGCCCUUUCAACUGUGUUUGUUGGAGGGAGAGGAGUUAUUGGUUUGCUUUGGUUUUUUAUUCUGUAUUUUGUGCUUUUUAACUUGCAUUUUUAUGUUGUGAACUGCCCGGAGAUCUACAGGUGAAGGGCAGUAUACAAAUUUUAAAAAUAUAAUAUUCUUAAUUCCUUCACUUGACUCAGGAUCGCUGUGCAGGCCCUGAAACAACUGAUUGGGCGUGUUGAAUACCUUGAUGAUUUUGAGGUUUUGGAGUUGCAAAGCUGCUGGGAUAUGCUGUCAAGUCCAGAAAGCUUUUUCCAAGGCAUUCGUCUUCUGGCAAGGUAAGAAGGUGAAAAGGACUGGCAGGUGAGGCAUGAAGAGCAAGGCCUGCUUUCUGGGGAAAUGGGGAUAAACUUCUUAUUUAUUUCAGAAAAUGUACCAUAUUGUCCAUUCUAUAAGACGCAGUUUUCCCUCCUAAAAGUAAGGGGAAAUGUGUGUGCGUCUUAUGGAGCGAAUGCAGGUGGGAGGCUCUGCUCAGCGUUCAAGUAACCUGGUAGUGGUGGUUGUUGUGCAGGAACGCUGAGCAGUUCUUCCUGCCAGCUUCAGGCUUGUGAAUCCUUUGUUUCUUACUCUUAUGUUUCAGGACCUUGUACACAUCCUCGAAAGAACAGUACAAGAGGAUUGCCCGAUUGGCACGGGAAUAUAUGUGCUGUCCAAGCAAUAAGAAGAGAGCCAUCGGCAUGGCGUUUUACUUGGAGGUAGGAACUGGAAACAGGGAAUGCCUGUUCUAAUGUUUCUAAUGGUUUCUUUAUUCCUCGCAAUUUAACUGUCAAAUGUUCUUUAGCAUUUACACAUUUUUUAUUUAAUUGUACAACUUCAGCUGCAUUCACUUCUAUCAUGUCUAAUAUAUAUGGACAAUGUUUUUUUGAUAGAAGAUAAAUGUAUACAUAAUAAAAGAUGCACUUACAGUGGCUUUGCUCCAACUUAGGGGAUGUCCGACUCCGAUACGGACACGUCCGAGACCUAGCGCGCAAGUUACUGCAGGCAGCAAUCAUACAGGUAUUCCGUUAAUGGAUGGACAAGUCUUCACCUUUGGAAGGCUAAGAUUUUUCUUAAAAUUACAUUUUUAUAUGUACUAUUGGAAACAUCUUAAAGCUGGUAUAAGUUCAUAUGUAUUUAUUUUUGCCUGCUUUAAAGAUUGAUUUUUGUGUGUCUGCUGGUUUAUUAUAUAUCAUUUUUUCUCUUUGUUCCGCUAUGUAUCGGGGUGGGGAGACAUAAUAAUAAUAAUAAUAAUAAUAAUAAUAAUAAUAAUCCUUUGCUCAUCCAAAUAAGCUGUUUUCAUUUAUUUAUUGAAGCCACUAAGUCUUUGAACGGAAGAGAUUUCUCCAGUUUCAAGCCUCAUCUCAUGCUGUUUAUGAGCCAAGUCCAAACCCUCUGCAGUUCAGACCCAGCUUACAAUGUGUUUGGUUCAGCAUGAUUCCAACCAGAUCAUGCUCCUUCCUUCCCUUUCCCACCAAAAUGUACCUGACUGUGAGAGGAGAGGCGAAUUAGAUUGGGAGGGCCAUGCCCAGCCCUAGAGGUUGGAAUGCGGGGUCCAGGCCCUCCAGAAACCAGCGGAGAACUCCAUAGUUCCAAAUGGAAGCACCAGCCUAGCUUCUGCUGUGGCCAGAUUGAGAUGAGAAGGGGCAGGAGGGGUCAUGCGUGGCUGGGUGCUUCUUGGUGGAGACCAUUGAACUGAAGUGAGCUGCUUUGGGGGCCAACCUGAAUCAAUCCCAGAAUAACCCGUUCAAGAGGUGCUUUUUAGAAACUGAGCUCACAGUCCAACUGUAAAACCAUGACAUUAUAUGCUUAUGAAAUACGUGAUAUUUACUGUCUGAUAAGGGGGGGGGCAGCUCUAUAACUUCCAUGGAUCACAACAAGCCAGGGGGUCAAAACAAGGCACCACCUUCUCAGGUGAAUAUCAGGCUUGAGUCCAUAAAUGUUGCUCGACUUUAUCUGGUGUCACUUAGGCUCUGCCAGUUAGACCACCUGUGCUGCUGCCGCUGCCCAAUCUAGCUGUCAAAGCCUCAAUGACCUGCGCUGCUGCCACUGCCUCUUCUGGCUGCUAAAGCCUCAACGACCUGCGCUGCUGCCACUGCCUCUUCUGGCUGUCAAAGCCUCAACGACCUGCGCUGCUCCCACUGCCACUUCUGGCUGUCAAAGCCUCAAUGACCUGCGCUGCUGCCACUGCCUCUUCUGGCUGCUAAAGCCUCAACGACCUGCGCUGCUGCCACUGCCUCUUCUGGCUGUCAAAGCAUCGAUUACCUGCCUGCUGCCGCAGCCCCCUCUGCCUCUCAAAGCCUCGACAACCUACUCUGCUGCCACAGCCCUUUCUGGCUGUCAAAGCCUCAAUGACCUGCGCUGCUGCCACUGCCUCUUCUGGCUGUCAAAGCCUCAACAACCUGCGCUGCUGCCGCUGCCCCUCCUGGCUGUCAAAGCCUCGAUGACCUGCUCUGCUACCACUGCCCCUUCUGGCUGUGAAAGCCUCGACGACCUGCUCUGCUGCCACAGCCCCUUCUGGCUGUCAAAGCCUCAACAACCUGCGCUGCUGCCACUGCCUCUUCUGGCUGUCAAAGCCUCAACGACCAGCACUGCUGCCACUGCCUCUUCUGGCUGUCAAAGCCUCGACGACCUGCGCUGCUGCCGCUACCCCUUCUGGCUGUCAAAGCCUCGAUGA